AUGCUAAAAGUGGAAGUGAUACCAGGGAGAGGAAUCAGAAAUCAUUUUAUUGAGAUUCUUCUUGGCAUGCCUAUAAAUCAAGCCAUAAUUGCACUGCAUAAUGCGUCGAAGCAUAUUCAAAAUGUCGAACUAACUUAUUCUUCUCAAGAACCGCUUACGAGAGAUAUAAUUAUACGUCUGGUAAAAGAUGGGAUACGAUUUUAUUUUGAACCUAAUUCGCAAUUACUUCGGCUGAUCGAAAUUUACGAUUUUUCGCACAUAUUCUUGCAAUACGGAGGUGUUGUGUUUUCUGGUCCAGAUGAUGAAGCAGAUGUAAAUAAAGUGGAAAAAUGUUUUGGCGCUACACAUCCUGGAGUUUACGUUGCUGAGCAAAAUUUAUACGAAUUAAGUUGGAAAGGAUUGUCAUUUACUUUUCCGACUGUAAGUGAAACAUCGAAAUUCCAAGCUUCACCAGUUGGUUCUUCUGGUUUGGGUUCAUUACAUUAUAAAAGAAAUUCUCCGCCAGUUCUUUCAAAAAUGACUAUUUAUCGUGGUUCACAUACUUUAGUAAGAAAUCCUCAGAUCUCUGGAACUUCAUUGUGUGGUACUGUCGCUUCAGUAGAAGUUAAAGCUAUAACUGAUAAAAAAAGAAUUGUGGGCCUUUUUUUCACUUUUGUGGCAGAAGUUCCUGUAGUGGAUGAGUCAAGUCCAAAGCAAAGUUUCGGACCGAAAAAAAUUGAGCGUUCAAUUCAUUUCGGUGACACAACAGAGAGUGUUUUGUCAGCGUUGGGCACUCCAUCGAAAAUAUUUUACACAAAAGCCGAUAGAAUGUUAAUUCAUCGAGGAGAAGACUCAAAAAAAUUGCGCGGGCCGCGUCCCAACUAUUUUUUCAAUUAUCUGUCACUAGGAGUGGAUUUGCUGUUCGAUUGCAUUACGAAUCGUGUUCAAAAGUUUAUAUUACAUACCAAUUUUCCUGGCCAUUUCGAUUUUGGAAUGUGUCGAGAAAGUUUUCUUGCUGCAUUUUGUGGCGACACAUCUGUUCAGCCAGUAGUGCUUACUCGCAGCGGAACUGAUAAUCCGUUUGGGUCAACUUUUUGUUAUGGGACAGAUCAGGUUAUCGUCGAGGUAAUGGACAAUGGAUUCAUUGCAUCAGUGAUAAUUUUUUAA